AUGGGCGGCAAACGUGGUAGGCGGUCAUGGAAGCAUUCGUCCGACGAAGCCAUCGACGUCCCGAGUCUCUUCAUGGAAGAGCAUGAGAACAACGGUCUUGAGAUUAGGCUGUAUCAACUGGUCUUGGCGAGACUGUGGCGGCUCCGACUGCGACGGGAAAGUUUGGUGGUGCGUCGAACUAGGUUGCUGAAGGCGGCGGAGUUUACGGCAACGAGCGGCACCGGGAUGAGGAAAAAGCAACGAGCGGCCGCGGGAGAAGAUGGACCUCACCGACGGGACGGGCAAAUCGAUGGCGCCGAUUGCGGAAACGAACUCGGAGGGCGAUUGAUGACAAAGGCGGCGGACUGGAUUCAGCCUUCCGGGUUUGACUAUCGACAGGGCCAAGGAGAUUCUCCAAAAGCACACGACAAAGUCCUCUCCGACCGCCAUCUCGUCCUUGCCGGGAAAGCCCACAACCUCAACGACUUCAGCUUGACCGCGCUCCCCGUGGAUUCCAAGUGGAGGAAUCUCAGGAAAGUGUGCAAUUCAUAUAUCUUCACUACCCAGAAGAUGGAUGUGAACCAAGAGCUCCGCAAUGACAAGGUUGUGGAGCUCGUGGAAGGUGUUCGACGAAAUGCGUCUGAGAAGGCAGUGGUGGAUGUUGGGAGAGCGGCGUUCAAUGCCACGUUGAAUUCUUUGUCGGCCAAUCACAAUCGCGAGACUACCAUGGAUUCAAAUUGCAUCAAAUACUUGUUCUUGGAUCUUUUCGUAGCCGGUACGGAUACAACUUCGAGCACGAUAGAAAGGGCUAUGACAGAGUUGCUACGCAAUUCCGACAAACUUGCUAAAGUUAAGGAAUUACUUAACCAAACUAUUGGAAAAUGCAUUCAUCUUCAGGAGUCAGGCGUCCCUCGAUUACCAUAUCUACAAGCAGUAGUGAAAGAGACAUUUAGACUACACCCUGCAGUUCCCUUACUACUUCCUCGCAAGGCAGGGGUGGAUGUGGAAAUAUGUGGUUUCAUUGUGCCCAAAGGUGCAAAAAUUCUAGUAAAUGUAUGGGCUAUAGGUCGUGAUCCGAUGAUAUGGGACAAUCCGAACUCAUUCAUGCCAGAAAGAUUCUUGGGUUCAAAGGUUGAUGCUAAGGGGAACAAUUUUGAAUUGCUUCCAUUCGGUGCAGGAAGAAGAAUUUGUCCUGGAAUGCCCUUGGCAUUGAGAAUGUUGCACAUGAUGUUGGGUUACUUAGUUCAUUGGUUUGAAUGGAAGUUGCCAAACGAGGUCAUGCCAGAGAAGAUAAAUAUGGAAGAGAAGUUUGGGAUAGCCUUGCAAAAGGCCAAGCCUUUGCUUGCUGUUCCAACUCCCAUAUGA